ACCGCACCCCGAGUCUGGACGAAAAUUCUGCUUGUGAAGGAGGCAGGCUAGAUAGAAACUGAAAAAAGAGAAAACAGUGAAGGCAGAGAAAGGGAGGGAGGAAACCACUGCUCCAGUUUAACCAGUGCUUGUAGCAAGGUCGCAGCCGUCGGAAAGGGAGUUUGAUUCGCUGCGUAACGGACAUAGACGGAGCCUCCGGUUUUUGCUAGCCACCCAAAAACGUCUGCAUCUGGAAAACAGCAACCAUGUCGGACGCAGACAAGUUCCUGUAUGUGGACCGCAACAUAGUCAACAACCCGUUGGCGCAGGCCGACUGGGCCUCCAAGAAGCUGGUGUGGGUGCCGUCGGAGCGGUUCGGGUUCGAGGCCGGCUCGCUGAAGGAGGAGCAUGGCGACGAGGUCAUGGUGGAGCUGGCCGACUCGGGCAAGAAGGUGCGCGUCAACAAGGACGACGUCCAGAAGAUGAACCCGCCCAAGUUCAGCAAGGUGGAGGACAUGGCCGAGCUCACCUGCCUCAACGAGGCCUCCGUGCUGCACAACCUGAAGGAGAGAUACUACUCGGGCCUCAUCUACACGUACUCGGGGCUCUUCUGUGUGGUCAUCAACCCGUACAAGAACCUGCCCAUCUACUCAGAGGAGAUCAUUGAGAUGUACAAGGGCAAGAAGCGCCAUGAGAUGCCCCCACACAUCUACGCCAUCACUGACACAGCCUACAGGAGUAUGAUGCAGGACCGUGAAGACCAGUCUAUUCUGUGCACGGGUGAGUCUGGAGCCGGCAAGACGGAGAACACCAAGAAGGUCAUCCAGUAUCUGGCUCACGUGGCCUCCUCCCACAAGACCAAGAAAGAUCAGAACAGCUCCAUCCUGUCACAUGGGGAGCUGGAGAAACAGCUGCUUCAGGCCAACCCCAUCCUGGAGGCCUUUGGUAACGCCAAGACAGUCAAGAAUGACAACUCCUCCCGAUUCGGUAAAUUCAUCCGAAUCAACUUUGACGUCAAUGGAUAUAUCGUGGGAGCCAACAUUGAGACCUAUCUGUUGGAGAAAUCCCGUGCCAUCAGACAGGCCAAGGAUGAGAGAACGUUCCACGUCUUCUACUACAUGCUCACCGGGGCUGGAGACAAGCUGCGCUCCGAACUGUGCCUUGAAGGAUACAACAAGUACCGCUUCCUGUCCAACGGCAACGUGACCAUCCCCGGGCAGCAGGACAAGGACCUCUUCAACGAGACCCUGGAGGCCAUGAGGAUCAUGGGCAUCCCAGAGGACGAGCAGAUUGGUCUGCUGAAGGUGAUCUCGGCCGUACUGCAGCUGGGCAACAUGAGCUUUAAGAAGGAGCGCCACAACGACCAGGCCUCCAUGCCCGACAACACGGCCGCCCAGAAGGUCUCCCACCUCAUGGGCAUGAACGUCACCGACUUCACCCGCGCCAUCCUGUCGCCCAGGAUCAAGGUGGGCCGCGACUACGUGCAGAAGGCCCAGACGCAGGAGCAGGCCGAGUUUGCGGUGGAGGCCCUGGCCAAGGCCACCUACGAGAGGAUGUUCCGCUGGCUCGUCAUGCGCAUCAAUAAGGCCCUGGACAAGACCAAGCGCCAGGGAGCAUCCUUCAUCGGCAUCCUGGACAUCGCCGGCUUUGAGAUCUUCGACCUGAACUCCUUCGAGCAGCUGUGCAUCAACUACACCAAUGAGAAGCUGCAGCAGCUCUUCAACCACACCAUGUUCAUCCUGGAGCAGGAGGAGUACCAGAGGGAGGGCAUCGAGUGGAGCUUCAUCGACUUCGGACUCGACCUGCAGCCGUGCAUAGACCUCAUCGAGAAACCUGCGAGCCCUCCUGGUAUCUUGGCUCUGCUGGAUGAGGAGUGCUGGUUCCCCAAGGCCACAGACAAGAGCUUUGUGGAGAAGGUGCUGCAGGAGCAGGGCACCCAUCCCAAGUUCUUCAAGCCCAAGAAACUGAAGGACGAGGCUGACUUCAGCAUCAUCCACUACGCUGGAAAGGUGGACUACAAAGCAGAUGAGUGGCUGAUGAAGAACAUGGACCCUCUGAACGACAACGUGGCUACGCUGCUCAACCAGUCCACUGACAAGUUUGUGUCUGAGCUGUGGAAGGACGUGGACCACAUUGUGGGCCUGGACAAGGUGGCCGGCAUGUCCGAGCUGCCCGGCGCCUUCAAGACCCGCAAGGGCAUGUUCCGCACAGUGGGCCAGCUCUACAAGGAGCAGCUGUCCAAGCUCAUGGCCACGCUGCGCAACACCAACCCCAACUUCGUACGCUGCAUCAUCCCCAACCACGAGAAGAAGGCGGGUAAGCUGGACCCCCACCUGGUGCUGGACCAGCUGAGGUGCAAUGGUGUGCUGGAGGGAAUCCGCAUCUGCAGACAAGGCUUCCCCAACCGCAUCGUCUUCCAGGAGUUCAGACAGAGAUACGAGAUCCUGACUCCCAACUCCAUCCCCAAGGGCUUCAUGGACGGCAAACAGGCCUGUCUCCUUAUGAUCAAAGCCCUGGAGCUGGACCCCAACCUGUUCCGUAUCGGCCAGAGCAAAGUGUUCUUCCGGGCCGGCGUGCUGGCCCAUCUGGAGGAGGAGCGCGACAUGAAGAUCACCGACGUCAUCAUCAGCUUCCAGGCCUGGUGCCGUGGUUACGUGGCCCGCAAGGCGUUUGCUAAGAGACAGCAGCAGCUGACCGCUAUGAGGGUGAUCCAGAGGAACUGUGCUGCCUACCUCAAACUCAGAAACUGGCAAUGGUGGAGACUCUUCACCAAGGUGAAGCCUCUGCUGCAGGUGAGUCGGCAGGAGGAGGAGAUCCAGGCCAAGGACGACGAGCUGAAGAAGGUGAAGGAGAAGCAGGAGUUUGCAGAGGUGGCGCUGCAGGAGAUGGAGACCAAGCAGCAGCAGCUGAUUGCAGAGAAGAUGGCCCUGCAGGAGCAGCUGCAGGCCGAGAUGGACCUCUGUGCGGAGGCGGACGAGAUGCGCAACCGGCUGGUGGCCAAGAAGCAGGAGCUGGAGGAGAUCCUCCACGACCUGGAGGCCCGCGUGGAGGAGGAGGAGGAGCGCGCCACCCAGCUCACCGUGGAGAAGAAGAAGAUGCAGCAGAACAUCUCGGACUUGGAGAACCAGCUGGAUGAGGAGGAGGCAGCCAGGCAGAAGCUGCAGUUGGAGAAGGUUACCCUGGAGGCCAAGAUGAAGAAGACGGAGGAAGACGUCAUGUUGCUCGACGACCAGAACAACAAACUGCAGAAGGAGAAGAAGCUUAUGGAAGAGAGGAUCUCUGAGUUCACCUCCAACCUGGCUGAAGAGGAGGAGAAGUCCAAGAGCUUGCAGAAGCUCAAGAACAAGCACGAGGCCAUGAUCACAGACCUGGAGGAGCGCCUGCGUCGAGAGGAGAAGGGACGCCAGGAGUUGGAGAAGAACCGCCGCAAGCAGGAGGGAGACUCCGCAGAGCUGCACGACCAGAUCGCCGAGCUGCAGGCCCAGAUCGCCGAGCUCCGCGCCCAGCUGGCCAAGAAGGAGGAGGAGCUGCAGCAGGCCCUGGCCAGGAUUGAAGAGGAGGCGGCCCAGAAGAACUUGGCCCAGAAGAAGAUCCGCGAGCUGGAGGCCCAGCUGUCCGAGCUGCAGGAGGACCUGGACCUGGAGAGGGCGGCCCGCGUCAAGGCCGAGAAGCAGCGCCGAGACCUGGGGGAGGAGCUGGAGGCCCUCAAGACAGAGCUGGAGGACACACUCGACUCCACAGCCGCACAGCAGGAGCUCAGGACGAAGCGCGAGGCGGAGGUGACGAGCCUGAAGAAGAACCUGGAGGACGAGGCCAAGGUGCACGAGGUGCUGGUGGCCGAGAUGAGGCAGAAACACAGCCAGGCCUUCGACGAGCUCAACGAGCAGCUGGAGCAGGCCAAGAGGAACAAGGUGUCGAUGGAGAAGGCCAAGCAGGCCAUGGAGAGUGAGAGGAACGAGCUGCAGAUCGAGCUCCAGUCGCUGAUGCAGGGCAAGGGCGACUCGGAGCACCGCCGCAAGAAGGCCGAGGCCCAGGUGCAGGAGCUGGCCAUCAAGCACUCGGAGAGCGAGAAGCAGCGCAUCGAGAUGGCCGACAGAAUGGCCAAAAUGCAGGCCGAGUUGGAGAACGUGAGUGGCCUCCUCAGCGAGGUGGAGGGCAAGUCCAUCAAGGCGUCCAAGGACUGCUCCGCUGUGGAGUCCCAGCUGCAGGACGUUCAGGAGUUGCUCCAGGAGGAGACGCGUCAGAAGCUGGCGGUGUCGAGCCGCCUGCGUCAGCUGGAGGACGAGCAGAACAACCUGAAGGAGCAGCUGGAGGAGGAGGAGGAGGCCAAGAGGAACGUGGAGAAGCAGCUGCUCGCCGCACACGGCCAGCUGUCGGAGAUCAAGAAGAAGAUGGAGAUGGAGGCUGGCAGCCUGGAGAGUGCGGAGGAGGGCAAGAAGAGGCUGCAGCGGGACCUGGAGUCCACCAGCCAGCGCCUGGAGGAGCGCUGCGCCGCCUUCGACAAGCUGGACAAGACCAAGACGCGCCUGCAGCAGGAGCUGGACGACAUGGUGGUGGACCAGGACCACCUCCGCCAGAUCGUCUCCAACCUGGAGAAGAAGCAGAAGAAGUUCGACCAGAUGCUGGCUGAAGAGAAAUCCAUCUCGUCUCGCUUCGCCGAGGAGCGUGACCGUGCUGAGGCCGAGGCUCGUGAGAAGGAGACCCGAGCUCUGGCUCUGACCCGCGAGCUGGAGACCAUCAGCGACAUGAAGGACGAGCUGGACCGCGCCAACAAGCUGCUCCGUGCAGAGAUGGAGGACCUGGUCUCCUCCAAGGACGACGUCGGCAAGAACGUGCACGAGCUGGAGAAGUCCAAGCGGUCCAUGGAGCAGCAGCUGGAGGAGAUGAGGACUCAGCUGGAGGAGCUGGAGGACGAGCUGCAGGCCACCGAGGACGCCAAGCUGCGGCUGGAGGUCAACAUGCAGGCCAUGAAGGCCCAGUACGAGAGGGACCUCCAGGGCCGCGACGAGAUGGGCGAGGAGAAGAAGAAAGCGCUGGUCAAACAGGUGCGCGAGAUGGAGAUGGAGCUGGAGGACGAGAGGAAGCAGCGCUCUGUUGCCGUGGCAGCACGCAAGAAGAUGGAGCUGGACCUGAAGGAACUGGAGGCAGCCAUCGACAUGGCCAACAAGAACCGCGACGAGGCGCUCAAGCAGCUCAAGAAACUCCAGGCCCAGAUGAAGGAGCUCCUGCGGGAGCUUGAGGACACUCGCAUGUCCCGAGAUGAGAUCCUGACCCAGGCCAAGGAGAACGAGAAGAAGGUCAAGAGCAUGGAGGCCGACAUGAUCCAGAUGUCGGAGGAGUUGGCUGCUGCGGAGCGCAUGAAGAGGCAGGCCCAGCAGGAACGAGAUGAACUGCAGGACGAGAUCAACAGCCAGGCCAGCAAGAAUGCCCUGAUUGCGGAGGAGAAGAGGAAACUGGAGUCGCGUAUUGCCCAGCUGGAGGAGGAGUUGGAGGAGGAGCAGUGCAACACAGAGCUGGUCAACGACCGCCUCAAGAAGGCCCUGCUGCAGACGGACCAGAUGAACGUGGAGCUGACGGCCGAGCGCAGUACCGCCCAGCGGCUGGAGGGGGCGCGUUCCCAGCUGGAGAGGCAGAACAAGGAGCUGAAGCUGAAGCUGCAGGAGAUGGAGAGCACGGUGAAGAGCAAGUACAAGGCCUCCAUCUCCGCCCUGGAGGCCAAGAUCGCACAGCUGGAGGAACAGCUGGACAUCGAGACCCGGGAGAGGCAGCAGGCCUCCAAGUUGGUGCGCCGCACGGAGAAGAAGCUGAAGGAGGUGGUGCUGCAGGUGGAUGACGAGCGACGCAACGCUGAGCAGUACAAGGACCAGUCGGACAAGCUGAACUCGCGCAUGAAGGCGCUGAAGCGUCAGCUGGAGGAGGCUGAGGAGGAGGCCCAGCGGGCCAACGCCAACCGCAGGAAACUGCAGAGGGAGCUGGAGGACGCCAGCGAGUCUGCCGACGCCAUGAACCGCGAAGUCAACACGUUGAAGAGCAAACUCAGGCGAGGCGACCUGCCCUUCACCAUGAGGCGCAUCGUGAGCCGCGCGGGCGUGGAGGUAAGCGACGAUGAGAGCGAGACCAAGAGCGAGACAUCCGAAGCUCCCAAGCCCGAGUGAAGUCAGCUACAACGCCCACCCGCCUGCAGCAGUGUCCACCUGUCUGCAUACUGACACACCCCCAACACUAUCUCACACACACACAUGCAUACACACAAGCCUUUUAUACAUGCAUGUAUUAAAUACACUAGAAGUUGGUCAGACAAGCCGACACUCAUGCAAAAACACAUAAGUGCCAUAUAUAUAUAUAUUGCAAAAAGUGGACAAUGCAGUAACACCCAAACAGGGAAACAAAACAAUAAAAGCUCGGACGCCCUAAAAUGUAUAAUGCAGAAGUGAGAUGCCUGUACCAACCAAUGCCAUAUAUAUCUCUACUUUAAUUUUUAAAAUUUGUUUUCUUUAUUUUUUUUUUACUUUGAGAACCGUUGAGCUGACAAUCUACCUACCUUCCAACUACAGUGCAUACUUACAGAUUGAAACCGUUCAACCAUUUGACAAUCUUCCCACCGAUAACGCCACUCACAUGUCAAAUGCAGGACCAAAAUCUGUCUCUUCAUGUGAUUUUCUCUGGGAUUAAAAAAAGAAGUAUGAAUGCUAUUUUUGUAAGGAUUACAUUCCAGUUAUGAUAGAACUGUUUCUGGAUCUAUUUUUCUAACUGACCGAAGAGGGAAGGAAAGCAAGUGAAGAUGGAAGGAUGUGUACAAAGGAGACUUUAAAAAAGAAGUGAAGUGACAAAGUGAAGAUGAGAAACUUAUUAGAAGGGGACCAAAGUAAUAUCACAAACUUAAUAUGAAAAAGUGUUUUAUUCUGAAGUUUUUAUAAUGAUUUCCGGAUGGAAGUACUACCCAAUGUACUAUAAUGGCUCUUACUAGCUCCCACUCUCCCGUUUCUUUCCUCUCGUUCUCUAAGCCUCCCCCUCUCCUCUCCUCUCUUCCCUUUUUUAUCCUGUUCUUUUUCCCUGUUCUCCCUCUCUCACACAUGCCUCUAGAGUGGGAGAUGUCUGCUGCCAUGUGUACUGUAAGAAAUGUAGCUGCGCUUAAGUACCGUAUACACGUAUACAAGCUUAUGGGGCUGUAAUAUGCACAGGAACAUUUACUAACAUGCACCCAAGAACUUUAUUAGAGAAGGAAUAAUAAAAACAUAAAAAAACGGGGCUAGAAGUAUCUUUGCACUGAGCAUAUUAGAAAGUAUUAAAUGACUAUUCAGUCACCAUGUAUGCCACUACACUGGUGCGAAUAAUAAUUGACAGUGAAAAAAAUAUAUACCAAGUAGCCUAUGCACAAGCCCAUGUAGUAGUUCGCACGACAGCCUUAAAACACAGGUCCAGUCAAAACCUAUGAUGCAUUUAUUGUCUGGACUCCUUGAGUCGUCUGACUUUAUAUAAUUGUCUUUUUUGUUUUUGUUUUUGUGGUUUUUUUUCUUUCUUUCUUUUUUGUAAACUUUGUCAUUUAGUAGCUUCUUCUGCCGCAAGGGGCAAUGCUGACGGGGGGUGGAGGGGUACACUAUUAUAACUCACAGCACACACUGUAUUCUCAGGGCACUGCUGAGAGAGGGGAACUUCAGUGGGUUUCUAUGUAUCCAACCCCAAAAAAACGCGACCCAGGCAGGACAGUACAAGACAAGACAGGAGGGGGAGUAGAGGGGAGAGAAGGAAAGGCUCGUUAACCACUUAUCUGGUUUUGUAGUCAAGACUCCCCUCUCUUAGACGUACACCACAAGCUGUAUAUACCUGGAGGGAGCCACACGGCAGGCGUAAAACAUCACCCCUGGCCUUCACCUGACGUGAGAGGACUGGGGGGUGGGGGAGGAGGGCCUGUCUUUAAGGUUGUGGUAAACACAGUCUUUAAACGGAGGCCAGGGCGUAUGUGUGCGCGAGAGGCCUGUGCCGGUGAUUGUUGACACCCUGUCCCCACCUUUUUUUUGUGCGUGUUCAGGGUCAGCUUUCUUCGCUCACACUGCUGGGAAGUGAGAGGAACCUAUUAUUAUUGAUGACUUCUUAUGAUUAGAAUAACGAGUUAUACUCUCACGGAAAAAAAAACAAAAUAAAUAAAAAAAGGAAAAAAAUGUCUUAAUUUUGUACUGUUUCUCUGCGGCUCUGAAAUAAAAGUAUCUAGAUGGAUGGAGUCAUGAAAUGUUGGUAUUGAUGCAAUAAAAAUGGCUUUCUAAACUGCGA